AUACACUCACCCAACUUCCUAUUUUGUUUCUUGCUUUUGUAGAAACUGUCUGUGAAGUUUGUAAAGACUGGGAGCCUUGUUUCUUCCAUACAUUAUUGGCCAGGAAAUUCAGCAUUCAUUAUCUUCCUGGUCCUUGCCUUGCUUCCACCUCCCUUGUCUAUGAAGACCGUCUGAUAGGUCUUCCAGAACAGUCCUAUUUUCUCCUCAUGGCUUGGCAUACUUAUUAACAGCUCUUCAUCCUGGAAAGCACCUUGGUUUGGAUGCUAGCUAAUUCCAAGGUCAGCAACUUGUCUUUACCAACUCGCAAAGGAUGCCAUGCCACAGGUGCCCACUAGGUGUCAGUAGCGUAGCCUGCCAAGGAUCUUCAGAGCAAGCAUUUCAUCACAAAAAUCAAAUCAAAGCAAAUAAUUAAGUGUGGAUCAAGAGCUACCUGCAGCUUUGACCGGUUCAAAACAGGUGAGACAGAAGCGGGAGGUGUGGAGGAUCAGGUACACUACAGGUGACUCCUUCCUAGGAUCCAAUAGGGCAGGGAGGAUUCCCUUCCUUAUUAAAGGACUUCAGUGAUUCACGGAAUGAGUAUCCUUUCCAAUUUACACUCACAAGAUGAAGCCGGUGUUCAGUGAGUGAGGAAACAGCUUUGAAUGAAGAAGGAUUUCUCUUCGUAGAUUUCUCUUCAAUUCACAGUCGGGUGAAGGUCCUGCAGGUAGAUCCCGUUGGAAGCAUACGUUUAUUUCAUCGAGAAGAUGAGCUGCCUGAACUGACAGAUAUUAAGAAGAUUUGAAAGCAUGUACCUGCAGAAUCAUCAAACUGGACUCGUUUGGGAAUGACUUCUGGAUUGCACAUAUAUUACCUCUCAUCCGGGUAAUGCGGCUGGAAACCUGCCCUGCCUCAGUUGUAUGGCACACAUCAGCCCCCAGGUGUAUAUAGUAAGAGACCCACAGGCAUGGGUCUGGCAGUGCAUACGGCUUUUGGUUCUUGGAGCUGGUUGCUAUGGCUGAUGGUCCUUGCAUGUUCGGAAGCAUCAUCGUAUGUGAACGAAUCCUCAAAUUCCACUGCCCAACAGGCACCUGAUGCUCGGUUUGCUGCUUCCAGCUCAGACCCUGAUGAAAGGAUAUCUGUGUUUGAACUGGAUUAUGACUAUGUUCAAAUUCCCUAUGAGGUCACCCUCUGGAUAUUGCUUGCAUCUCUUGCAAAGAUCGGUUUCCACCUUUACCACAAGCUACCCCACCUCAUGCCAGAGAGCUGCCUCCUCAUCAUCGUGGGUGCGCUGGUGGGUAGCAUCAUCUUCGGCACCCAUCACAAAUCGCCUCCAGUCAUGGAUUCGAGCAUUUACUUCCUGUAUCUCCUUCCACCCAUCGUGCUCGAGAGCGGCUACUUCAUGCCCACACGGCCCUUCUUUGAGAACAUCGGCUCCAUCCUGUGGUGGGCAGGUCUGGGGGCCCUGAUCAAUGCCUUUGGCAUUGGUCUCUCCCUCUACUUCAUCUGCCAGAUCAAGGCCUUCGGCCUUGGUGACAUCAACCUGCUGCAGAAUCUGCUGUUUGGCAGCCUGAUCUCGGCGGUGGACCCUGUGGCGGUGCUGGCUGUGUUUGAGGAGGCGCGUGUGAAUGAGCAGCUUUACAUGAUGAUCUUUGGGGAGGCCCUGCUCAACGACGGAAUCAGUGUGGUCCUAUACAACAUACUAAUUGCCUUCACUAAGAUGCAUAAAUUUGAGGACAUAGAACCUGUGGACAUUUUGGCCGGCUGCGCCCGAUUCGUCAUCGUGGGGUGUGGGGGAGUAUUUUUCGGCAUCAUUUUUGGAUUCAUUUCUGCAUUUAUCACACGUUUCACUCAGAAUAUCUCUGCAAUUGAGCCACUGAUCGUUUUCAUGUUCAGCUAUCUGUCUUACUUAGCAGCUGAGACACUUUAUCUCUCUGGCAUCCUGGCAAUCACGGCUUGUGCGGUGACAAUGAAAAAGUAUGUGGAAGAGAACGUGUCCCAGACGUCCUACACGACCAUCAAGUACUUCAUGAAGAUGCUGAGCAGCGUCAGCGAGACCUUGAUCUUCAUCUUCAUGGGUGUGUCCACCGUUGGGAAGAACCACGAGUGGAACUGGGCAUUCAUUUGCUUCACGCUGGUCUUCUGCCAGAUCUGGAGAGCCAUCAGCGUAUUUACUCUCUUCUAUGUCAGUAACCAGUUUCGGACUUUUCCCUUCUCCAUCAAGGACCAGUUCAUAAUCUUCUACAGUGGCGUGAGAGGCGCUGGGAGCUUUUCCCUUGCGUUUUUGCUUCCUCUGUCCCUUUUUCCUAGGAAGAAAUUAUUUAUUACUGCUACUUUAGUAGUUACAUACUUUACUGUAUUUUUUCAGGGAAUCACAAUUGGCCCACUGGUCAGGUACCUGGAUGUCAGAAAGACCAAUAAAAAAGAAUCCAUCAAUGAAGAGCUUCACAUCCGGCUGAUGGAUCAUCUAAAGGCUGGAAUUGAAGAUGUGUGUGGGCAAUGGAGUCACUACCAAGUGAGAGAUAAGUUCAAGAAGUUUGAUCAUAGAUACUUACGGAAAAUCCUAAUCCGGAGGAACCUGCCAAAAUCAAGCAUUGUUUCUUUGUAUAAGAAGCUUGAGAUGAAACAGGCCAUUGAGAUGGUAGAGACCGGAAUACUGACCUCAGCAGCUUUCCCCACACCCUAUCAGCCUGAGAGGAUACAGGGAACCAAACGGCUUUCCCCUGAAGAUGUGGAGUCCAUGCGGGACAUUCUGACAAGAAACAUGUACCAAGUUCGACAAAGAACCCUGUCCUACAACAAAUACAACCUCAAACCCCGAACAAGUGAGAAGCAGGCCAAGGAGAUUCUGAUCCGCCGUCAGAACACGCUGAGGGAGAGCAUGCGGAAAGGCCAGAGUCUGCCCUGGGGAAAGCCGGCAGGCACCAAGAACUUCCGCUACCUCUCCUUCCCCUACAGCAAUCCUCAGGCAGCAAGACGAGAGGCAAGGGCUGCUGAAUCCACAGAUGAUGAUGACAUGGGUCCAGGAUUCCAGCCCUUGAUGUUCAGGGCACACUCGCGAGCAGGGUCCCUUCAGGAAAGACGUCAGACACAGGCGAUGAUCCCCAUGAAGAGCUUACACAGAGGAGAGAAGGCACUGAGCUUCAGCCACCGAAGAAGCAACACCGGCUGGGAGGAGCAUACCGGAUGGGGCAGGAGGGCUGUCAUCCGGCCAAAGCCACCGUUCUAUGCAGUGGACGAGGAGUAUGAAUCUGGAGAGCAGACAGAGGAGGAGACAUCAGCAACCAGGUCCCGAUGGAUAGCUGAGCACCGACGUAGCAGAGAACACUACAAAUCCCACAGUCCUUUGCUCCAUAGAAAAUAGUUCACUGUUCUAAGGAUGCUGGGUCAUUCCAGAGUCCCUAUUCCAUUACCAUUAAACAAAAAUUCUCACAGUUGACAACAGAGCUAUCGAGUUUGCACUUUUGAAGCUUUUGGACACCUAUAUAUAUAUAUAAAACAACAGGAUGGCUUUUCACAGCAAACUUGAAGGCUGAGCCACAUACUUGUCUUGUGCCUCUAUGUGUAACAAAACUGAACUCCUUCUCAGAACAGCCAGCCGUAUCUAAGGAUUACAGAAAUCUACCAAGCUCUCCUGAUUUUCUUCCAGACGUCAAGGGGGUGGGAGUGGGGCAGUGCUGGGAUUGGAGAUAUGUGAUGAUGGCAGCCAUUAAGAAAACUCAUUGUGAAAAAAAACCCCCAAAGAACAAAGAAUUAAUCAUUGAGAAUUCAUUAUUUUAGCCAUCUGAGCUAUGUCUUAUUUCAAGAACUAUUCAUGAUUGGUCAGUAAUUCCUAUUGGCUGCAUGCAUGUGCAACUUACAAUCGAUUAGAACUAGCAUGGAUCUUUGAAGUCAUCUGACUCAGUUCCUUGUGUUUUCAGAUUGGGACACUUUGACAAAGAUUCCAUGGCAUGUUGGCCACCUUGCAAAUUGAAUGCAUUUGGCUUUGAUUCUUUUUUUUUUUUUUUAAACAAACUCUUUUAUUUUCAAAGGUACAAUAAUAUACCUCAAAUGAGAGGUAAAAUUUGUUGCAACAUUGUUAUAUUUAAUCAGUGAUAUUAAUAGAUUUGAUCUGCACUAUAGGAGUUAAUCUUUAAACAAUGAAUUUAUACGCUAUUUUUAUAAUUGAAGUGUUAAUUUAAAAAUAAAUUUUAGAAAUAUAAGA